AUGGUCUCCGUGGGCGCGUGGAGGCGCCGCGCGCCCGACGACUGCGAGGAGCGUUCAGAGCCUGGCGCCUCCAGUUCCGCCGUGCCGCGCGCCCCCCCCAACUGCGCCCGCUGUCGCAACCACCGCCUGAAGAUAGAGCUGAAGGGCCACAAGCGGUACUGCAAGUACCGCAACUGUAUAUGCGAGAAGUGUCGGCUGACUGCUGACAGGCAGCGGGUGAUGGCGCUGCAGACAGCGUUGAGGCGCGCCCAGGCACAGGACGAGGCGAGGGCGAGAGCGCGCGCGCUGGAGUCAGGGUUGCCAGCUAACGGGGUCGAGUUAGAUAUACCGGAGCCUCCGUCGGUGAAGAUACAAAGAAGCCCGGUGCCGCCGCCUCCGCCACGGUCCCUGGGCUCGGCCAGUUGCGAUUCAGUGCCAGGGUCGCCCGGGGUGUCCCCGUACGCGCCGCCCCCGCCGCCGUCCGCGCCACCACCGCCGUCCAUGCCGCCGCUGUUGCCUCCUCAGCAACCCGCGGUGUCCCUCGAAACCUUAGUGGAAAACUGUCACAAACUUUUGGAGAAGUUCCACUAUUCGUGGGAAAUGAUGCCCCUAGUCCUCGUCAUCCUGAAUUACGCGGGAAGCGACCUGGACGAAGCGUCGAGGAAAAUUGAUGAAGGAAAAAUGAUCAUCAACGAGUACGCGAGGAAGCACAACCUUAACAUCUUCGAUGGUCUCGAAUUAAGGAACUCGACUCGCCAGAAAAUGCUGCAAAGCGAAAUUAAUAAUAUAAGUGGUGUACUAUCAUCGUCGAUGAAGUUGUUUUGCGAAUGA